AUGCAGGGUUCUAAUACCGGGGAGAGUUCACGAUCGAAAUUCUCGUCUCGCAAUCCGUAUCUUGACACCGGGGACCAGGACGCGUAUUAUGGCUUCGAAAACGGUCACGAUGAAAUCCCUUGGGUCCCGGACAGUCGCUAUUACGCACCCGCAGCACACACCGCAUACCACAACACGGGCGAGACGAGCUACCCAGGCCCAUACUCAUAUUCACCAGGACGCCCAGCCAGUCCAGAACCUCCACCUCUCCCAGCGCGCCCCGGCGACGACCCCUCAGCAUGGUCGCACGUUUCACCGCGCUCCUCGGAGCGAUACUCGCCUGACCCCGAGCAGCGCCCAGAUCUCCCACCAAGGCCACCCACCGGACAAGACGACCACCACUCCCGCUCGCCAGAUCCCAUCGACGAGCUCGUCCUGCUCCCGCCGCGCCGCCGGCUGACGACGGGCGACAUCCCCGUCACGACAGUGGGAUACAGCCGGGACCCAGAGCGCCUGAUCGCCUACCUGAUCCCACUUCCUCCGCCGUCCUCAAAAGGCCAGACCCUCGACGUGCCCCAGCGGUACAUGAUCUACACGCCGCCCGCGCCGCACCUCCUCAAGCCCAACGCGGAGCCAGGCUCCGGAACCGGCAAGGAGGGCAAGCGCCACAAGGCGAAGCGCCUCGUCCAGCAAGAAGUCAAAAAGGCCAAGACGUACGACGGCAAGACCCUCUCCCUGCGCGGGCUGCACUACAAGGCGCUGCGGGGCUGCGACCGCGCCGUGGCGGCCAUCAAGAGCCCGGACAUCACGUUCCUGAACCGCGUCCCCCGGAAGCACGUUUCGGAGUUGGUGCUGAUCCACCCGGCCUCGGUGCUGGCGGACUACACCGCCCGCGAGGUGCACGCCGAGGUCGGGGCGCAGCUGGCGCGGACGCAGCGGCGGGCCGCGAGGGACAGUGUCAUCAGCACGCUGCUGUUCCCGCCGUCGCUGGUCAUUGACACCCUCGCUGCGGUGGUGUGGCCUUUUGGCGGGCUGGCUGAGAUUGAUGGGGUGUGGAUGUACGCUAGUAUCUCGGGGUAUCUCACCGCGAGGAGCGUGACACGGCGGAUGGAGAGGGAGCCGGUUGUGGAUGAGAACGGGGAGGCGAUUCAGGGCUCGGGGCAGGGCAGGGCCGAUAGGGGCCUGAGCCCGGUGUCUGAGGAUGAUAUCUAUUCCGCGGGCACUCAAGCUCCGCGACCUCAUGCGGGGGAGCCGAGUCGUCGAGACAGCCGGAGAGAUAGCAGGCAGGUACACUUCGAGGAGAUCCUUGAUGAUGAUGAAGAGGAGGACGACUUGAAACGGGCUGCCGGGGAUGGCGGGAAUAUGGACAGCAAGAAGAAGACGCUCAAGGUCCGAAUGGUCCCCGACGACGCUAUGGACACGAUGGCGUCCUACUUUCAGGAGAUCUGCCACCAGAGGAACCCGAAGGCAUUCGGGAGCCCCGGGGUCCCGCCGACAAAGACUGACGUUCUAGCGAGCAUCGGCUGGUGGCCUGAUCGGCGAGGCAGAGCCCCUGGUGUCGAGCAUCCUGGAGGCUGGGAUGACGAGAACUGGCAGACAAGACAGGUCAAGGAUGAUUUGGACAAAGUCUUGACCAAGGCUGCCAAGUCGUGGGAUAAUUGGUGCAAGUCUUAUGCUAAGUACCCUGAGCGUGCUAUGAAGGAGAAGGGCCACAGCAGGACAUCUGAGGUUUUGAGAAAACUUCGUGUAAAAAAGGAUUCGCGUGGGCCCCGCGUUGUUGUAUGA